UUAAAAGGGUUGUUUGAUGUGUGAAUGGGUGAUAAAGGGGGGCUGAACUCAAAUUCAACAGCGCGUUACCGCGCCGACGGAUGUGGAUAGACAGAUAGUCCUCUCGCUUCAGACACACAGUCUUUGGCCACGGUCGGAGCAGCUGUCACUGAGCUGCGUUGAGCGUCACGACGAGUCUUUGUGGACGACUGGAGCUUAAAAUGCAGCUCCCGACUCUUACAGAACACUUCGCUGUCCGCACCUGUUCGGUAGUGAGAACACAAGCGGUACAAUAGAGAGCAAGGAGCCGAAGUAUCUCGCUUUGUUUUUGCGGAGCGGGCGACGCUUGUCCAUCCUGGAGAACUAGUCCAGACAUGAGCAACGUUAAUCUGAUUUUUUGGGACCAGUUGCAAGCUGGUAGCUCCGAAGUGGACUGGUGCGAAGGGAAUUACCUUAUAUACCCCAGCAUCGCCGAAUUCUACAACACUAUCAGCAACAUCCUAUUUUUCGUGUUGCCCCCCAUAUUGAUGUGCUUGUUUCGACAAUAUGCAACACACUUCAACAGUGGCAUCUACCUCAUAUGGAUUCUGCUGGUGGUGGUUGGUAUUGGAUCCACAUACUUCCACGCCACCCUCAGCUUCCUGGGCCAGAUGCUGGAUGAGUUGGCCAUUCUCUGGGUCCUUAUGUGUGCCAUUGGAAUGUGGUUCCCUAAACGAUACUUGCCUAAGAUGUUCAGGAGGGAUCGGUCAAGGUUCAAGGUGGUCAUAGGCAUCUUGUCAGGGAUCACCACGGGUCUGGCCUUCGUCAAGCCGGUGGUCAACUCGCUGUCCCUCAUGACUCUGGGUAUCCCCUGCACCGCGCUGCUCAUCACAGAACUGAGAAGGUGUGAAAACCUGCGCGUCUUCAAGCUGGGUGUGAUUGCGCUGAUGUGUUGGAUCAGUGACAGGAUUUUCUGCGAGAUGUGGUCUUCGGUCAACUUCCCGUACCUGCACUGUGCUUGGCACAUCCUCAUCUGUUUGGCUUCUUACUUAGGAUGCGUUUGCUUCGCCUACUUUGACGUGGCCACCGAGGCGCCAGAACGAGGUCCCGUUAUAAUGUUCUGGCCCAACGAGAAGUGGGCUUUCAUUGGCGUUCCGUACGUCUCACUUCUGUGCGUCAAGAAAGCCGCUAUCAAGGUGACCUAAGGUGUCAGGCAUCUGCUGUGCUGGUCCCGGAAAGCGACAAGCGAGAAGAGUCUGAAGGUCGCGUGACCUUUUAUGCAGAAGGAAGGUUGGUGGAGGAAAAUUCUGGUGUUGGUUCUCAUUAUGCCACUGUGUUUAUGCAACUGAAAGAAACGGGGCCACACGGUUAAAUAUAACGCGUCUACAUGGUCAUGUGAUCGAAGCACUGCACUCUCAUCAGUGUUCCCUCAGACUCAGGCUUUGCACAGAGGCAUUUUACAUUUUGUACAUUUUAUAAACAUUUGUGUUGAGCCUGACGUGGCCAUCAGGAUUUAGAUACAAUCCACUGUGACUUAUCAGCCUCAAACCGAACUCAAGAAUCAGAACUGGGUCCAUGCAACUGUCGUCGUGUGUGUUUUAAAUAAUCGGCCGACCUUUGUCUCACCUUUCUCUCUUUCUGUGAGAAAGUUCAUGCCCACAGAGGAGGGCUCUGUCUCUGAAGGAGGGUUCAUUACCAACAUGUCAGAUGGUGUUAUAUUCGACUGGACUUUGGAAAAUGUGACUAUUACUUCUGUGACUAUAACCUAUUUGGCAAUGUUUCCAACGGAAUCCUGCACGAUACCUAAAAAAAAUAAUGCUCAGUUAUGGAAUCUGGUAACUGACAUCACGUACAAGACUAUUUCACCUGGGAGAUUUUUAAAGCCUCGGUUGAGCACAGCUGCACAUGGGUGGUGGUUGUCGAGUGGUAACUAAGUAGUUUAUAUUUAAGCACAGCGACAAUAUUGGGGGAAAGAGAUGGCGUCUCACCCCACAGAUUAAAACACAAUGCUCAUGUUUAAUUUGGCCAUCAAUAUUUACACAAAUACACAUAGAUUCACUCACAAUUACAUCCCUUGAACACCUGAUGCAAAACGUUAAUGGUCGGUGUUGAAAUACCAUCUUUAUGAUGUUUUACAUAACGUAUCAUGAAAGCACAUGCUCAAAUUCACCUGCCAUUUUGAUCAAUAAAACCACUGCAGCACCCUUAAAAACAUCAAUGACAGUCCUCCAAGUCAAGCUGGUCACAAAAACAAGUUCCACCUUCAAUGUGUGUGUGUUUUUUUAUUUUUUUAUCAACCAUUGAUUAUGAGGCCAUUGUAUUUGUUUCAACGAGUCCAUAAAAGGCGCAGUGAAACACGCGUUUGCUUAGAGUGCCCCCAGUGGCUGCAUGCGGAACAGCAUGUUUUUUCUAAUAGUUGCCUCCAAUGUAGUAACACAGUGUCACAAACUAUAUCCAUCAGGCGAUAAGGCAAUGACUGAGAACCUUUUAUGUUGUGUAUUUCUAUUCAGAGAGAAGUCAUUCAUUUCCUGUGUGUUUGCACAACUCAAGUGUUCACAAUAAUACUUUACAUUAAAGGUUUUCACAUCAAGACAUUUCCCUCAUAGGUUUUCAACUUUCAUUGGGUCAUAAGCACAAAUUUAGUUUAUAGUUAUGGUUCAAUAUUAGUGAUGAGCUUUAGUUCAUGUGUUUAAGCAUGAAAAAAAAUAAUUAUUCGGUGACGUAUUCUUGCAUGUGUCAGGGUAAUUCAUGUUGGAUUAAAUCAACAAAAACAACCUUUUUAUCUACUAUUUUUAUAUAGUCUUGAUAUAUUCUUUGAUAUAUAUUCUUUUAGCAUUCUCUGUUGUCAUUGAAGACAGUUUUAUUUAUCCAUCAGUAUUUUAAACAGUGUGCCGAACAUUCAUCUGUCUUUUAAUUAUGCUUACAAAAGUGUUGGUAAUUGGUUAAAAUGUUUAAAAUGGUGGUCUGUCUGCAAGAGAAGUAUUGUUCUGACUGCAUGAAGCAAAUGGUUGUGACGAUAUAACCUCUUUGUGAGUGUAUGAAGGGACACAGCAUGAAAAUGUUUUCCAAAGCUCCUUCACUUUUUAAUAUUUUUGCAUGUCGUCGAUGUAAGCAACCUCUUGCCAUCUCAGUUAUUUUUCUUUGCAUGAAAGUUCUUUUGUUCUUUUGGCAAACUUAUUCUGACUUGUGCACACAUCAUUUUCCGAUGAAGGGUUUUUAAAUAGUCUGGUGAUGAAGUUUUCAAAUCUACUUGAAUUAUUUUGGUAAACAUGAAAACUGUUUUAUAUAUUUGUAAAGGAGCUGAAACACACAACACAAUAAGGUCCUUAUCGUUGAUAUUGUAUUAAUGACGUUUUUAAUUGCCAAAUAUUUGUAUCAUCUUAUUUUUAUUUAAUGACUACUCACAGUAUUAAUGGUGUGUUUUAACUCAUGACUUAUGUGACUCGCUAGAACCUGGUCAGCCAAAUAUUGUCACAUUUUGACAACUGGAACGUGAUACAGUCUAAGUAUUUGUAAUUUGACUUAGGUGUACAUGAAGAUACAUUCUCGGUUUCCUCUUGCUCUACAUUGACAGUUGAGAUAACUGAACAGAAAUAUUUAUUUUCAUAAUUUAUCCUGUUUUGUAAACAGAUAUUUGUAAAGGUCAAUAACAUUGGUAUUUUAUUUUAUGAAAUAAAUCACAUCAAAACCAACAAUGUGUCUUUUUUUCCA